AAGGAAGGGAUACUGAUCCUGAAGACUUCCGGCUGCUGUUGGAGGGACCUGACCCGAAACCCGUUCCCUGGUGGGUUGUGGGUUCGGGAGUUUAUUCAGGAUACUUGAAAUCCUAAGGGAGUGCCUACCUGCACUGCAAAUUCAUUGUACCCUAGAGGUAGAGCCAGUAGAUACUUGUGAGGAUGGCACUGGCGCUGUUGGAGGACUGGUGCCGGCUGAUGAGUGUGGAUGAUCAGAAAUCCCUGAUGGUGAUGGGGAUCCCAGUGGAGUGUGAGGAGGCUGAGAUCCAGGAGGUUCUCCAGGAGACGUUAAAGUCUCUGGGCAGGUACCGGCUGCUCGGCAAGAUAUUCAGGAAGCAGGAGAAUGCCAGCGCCGUCUUAUUGGAGCUUCUGGGGGACACUGAUGUCUCGGAGAUCCCCAGUGAGGUUCAGGGGAGGGGGGGCGUCUGGAAAGUGGUCUUUAAGACCCCUAACCAGGACGCUGAAUUUCUUGAAAGGCUGCACCUCUUUCUAGAAAAAGAGGGGCAGACAGUCUCGGGUAUGUUCCGAGCCCUUGGGCAUGAGGGCGUGUCUCCAGCCGCAGUGCCCUGCGUGUCGCCAGAGUUAUUGGCCCAGGUGGUGGGGCAGGCAGUAGCACAUGCCCCGCAGCCCCUGCUGCCCAUGCGAUACCGGAAGCUGCGGGUGUUCUCGGGCAGUGCUGUGCCCGCCCCCGAGGAGGAGCCCUUUGAAAUCUGGUUGGAACAGGCCACUGAGAUCGUCAAAGAGUGGCCGGUAGCAGAGGCAGAAAAGAAAAGGUGGCUGAUGGAAAGCCUGCGCGGCCCCGCCCUGGACCUCCUGCGCAUAUUGCAGGCAGACAAUCCUUCUGUGAGUGUGGACGAGUGUCUGGAGGCAUUCAAGCAAGUGUUUGGGAGCCUGGAGAGCCGCCGGACCUCCCAGGUGAGAUACCUGAAGACCUAUCAGGAGGAAGGAGAGAAGAUCUCCGCGUACGUGCUGCGGCUGGAGACGCUGCUCCGCAAGGCUGUGGAGAAACGCGCCAUCCCCAGGAAUAUUUCAGACCAGGUCCGCCUGGAGCAGGUGCUGGCCGGGGCGAGCCUCAGUGAGACCCUGUGGUGCAGGCUUAGGGAGCUGAAAGACCAGGGGCCGGCCCCCGGCUUCCUUGAGUUAAUGAAGGUGAUCCGGGAAGAGGAGGAGGAAGAGGCCGCUUUUGAAAAUGAGAAUACUGACGAGUCAGAUGAAGGUGAUGGCUAUGGCCACUGGCAUAAGGAGAUUGAUAACUAAAAGCUAAGUCAGAGUGAGCCUGCAGCCCGUGGGCCUGGGACUUCGCUUUACCAGGCUAAGACCUUUUCCAUGGUCUUUUCUUUAGUGACUGCGAUUAAAACCAAGGCAUUCAAGCCAAGUCUUGAUUCUUUCUGAGAAAAAAUUAAUCUGAGAGUUUCUUGGACCUUAACAUAGAUUACCAAUAAACAAAAUAUUAAAUUCCAAAUGUGAUAUAGUAACCUAAAGGAAAUGUCACGUUUCCUGUAAAUAUCCCCAAUAGACAAAGUUUGCCCAUAACAUAGAAAGCAGAAUUGACAUGAGAAAAAAGUAUCUUUUGUAACCUACCUGAAAACCUAGGGCUUUUUUUUUUCCCUGUCGGGUGAUUUUUUUUAUCGAAUCAGCAAAUUCCGUGUCCCUGAAGCAGUGAGAGGCUCUGUUCGAGGAGGUAACAGUCCUAAGGGCACAGCCAUGCUCUCAGAGAGCGACAGGCUGGUCAGGGCAGGCCUCCCAUGUGGAAGCUGAACAACCUCAUGUGUAAAUAAGUUCAUGACGCCAGUAGCAGUGCAGCUGCCAAAUGAACACAACCAUCUCCACCUUUAGGAUUCUCUCCUUUCUUGGGAAGCACUCCUCCUACCUCUGCCAGUUGUCCAGACACUGUGUUAGGCCCCGAAGACAUAACACUCUGCCUGAUCCCUGCUUUCAAGAGGUUCGCAGCGUGAGAGCGCCCUCAGGAAAGGGCGAUGUUGCAGGAGGGCAUGCUGGAGUAGCGAGCAGGCCUCUCUGGCUAGAGAAGAUUUUUAGUGCCGACAGAAGGCAAAGAGGGGAGAGGAACGCACACUUACGAGGGCCUACGUGCCAGGUGUUGUGUGCAUGUCGCAGUUAGUGUGUGCAGCAACCCAGUGCUCCGAGAUGGUAAGCCGUCUCCUCCAUAUCAAAUUGCUAACAAGUGGUGGAGCCAAGGCAAGAAUUGAGAACUCUCUGAAGCUCCAUAUUUACAAUGGAUUUCAAACCUUUUAAAUCUCUAAUAAAUAGUGGGCAGAUGCAAGUGUGUUGAUAACCACAUUUUAGCACCUAGGCAUUCAGCAACAGGCUCACUUUUGUUUUCAGGCGUUGGAGAAAAGGUUCCCUUGCACUACCUGAGCAUGUAGCUGAACUUCGCUCUCUUUUUUUCCUUUUUAUUGAAUCUAUUGGGGUAACACUGGUUAACAAAAGUAUGCAGGUUUCAGGCGCACAAGUCCACAACACAUCAUCUGCACACUGUAUUGUGUUUACCACCACAAGUCUUCAUCCAUCAACAGUUGUCUUCCCUAUACCCUCCUACAGCUCUCCCUACCACCCAACUCUUCUUAAUGUUCAUAGAUUAAGGGACCUGUAGCUUCUCAUGGGUAUUUAAAUCAAGCCCAUGCAUGCCCUUGAUGUCGAGUAUGCUGGUAGAGCGAUGACCACCAUUCUGUGAAAUGCUAGUUGAUGUAGCACAGCAUGGUAGCUCUGGGUACAACAAACUUGCUGAAAUCCUCUGAACAUCGGUUUCCUCAUCAGAAAAAUGAGAAGGUAAUGGAAUAGGGCUGUAUGUUAAGAUCAAAUGACAUAAUGCCUUUUAAGCACUUAGCAUGAUGUCUGGAGGAUAGAAAGCCCUCAAUAUAUGGAGACAUUACUAUCUCCAUGAUGCUUUUCUGCUCAAUGCAUGCUGUCUUUAUUGUUCUAACAGUUGUGCCACAGCAAGUAAAUAUGUAACCUGUGAGUCAAGUUGUGAUAACAUUGCAUUAGAAACCCUUUUAGCUCUUAUGGUAAGUGUGAGUGCUUCGUGUCUGUUACUCUGUGGAAAGUAUUCUAGCCAAUUAGACUAUUCCUAGUGAUUUGACUUUGAAACAACAUUAUAAUUUCUGAUUGUGGAUCAUUUUAACUGAAGACUACCUUACGAUUGUAAGAAAAGAAUUUUUUUAAAAAAAAGGAUCAUGUGUGAUCAUUUGCCUAAGUUAUAUUUUUCAAUACUGUUCAACCACAGUGGCAUGAUAUCACCCAGUGCAUCCUGAUUUCAUGUUUUGUACUCAUGAAAAUGCCCUCACUGUUUUUAUUUAUUGACAAUAUGUGAAGUAAACUAUUAUAAAUGUGAAGUUAUAAAAUAAAUACAUACUUAUAAAACUCUUAA